AUGAGAGUUUUUAAGUUUUUCUCUUUCCUCGCCCUCGCGGCGGCGGAUAAAAAUGGAGGAGGUCUUUGCGCCGCCUGCAGUAUCCUCACUUCCUGGAUCGAGCAGUACGCCGAUUUCCAUGGAAAAGAUGGAUUCGAAGCGACCCGAGACAUUGUCGGUUUCCUGCCUGUAGAUAUUACUGUGAUCGGCGGCCUUGCUGAGGAGCUUUUCGGGCGAAUGGUGAAUGAGAUUCAGCGACGUCCAAAUGUGCAUACGGUUGAUACGAUGUGCUACUGUAUUGGCGCUUGUUACGUUAGUACUGGGCACAGGACUUGCUCGGCUUUUGACCUGCCAAGAUUAAAAAAAUAUCGGAAUGAAACCCUCUUAGGAUCAAAGUUCCUCCGUCAAGGUCGAUUUGAAGAAUUCUCCGAGUUGAUCAAUGCAGAAUUCCUGAAGGAAUCGAAAAUUACUCUUGAAGAAAUCAUGGACCACAUUUUGAUUGAUUUCGGAGAGCAACACAAGCCUCUCAUUGACCCAGAUCGCGAUGGAUUCUCUGGGGAUACUGAAGGCCUUCGGGGAAAAUGGUGGCGUGGAGAGGAUACAAGCCCGCUUGACGGCGACAUCUACCCCGGUCAAAAGCCAGUUAACGAAGAUCGCGUCAUCGAUCACAAUUCCAACGGAAUCUACGGUGUCGACGAGCACGGUAUCGCCUACGAACGACUCUACUGCGACAACUACCCACCCGUCGGAGUCGCUAUUCUCGGUGACUCAGCCAGCGCGCAUUUCUCCCUCCCUCCAUCCUGGUUCCGCCCGACUGAGUUCAAUGAAAACACUUUCAAGAACCUUUUCAUGCUUUUGACGAAUGAGUUGGAUUGGCCUCAACUUUCCUGGGCAACUGGACAUUCGGAUAAUUGCUGGAUGGAUGAUAUCAAGUCUUAUUCUGAUAUUCAGAUGGAUUCGAUUUACAAAAGACUUGUUGAGAGAAACCGAUGUGGAUUGAAUGACUACCAAAAUCAGGCCAAUAACGGCGCUAGAAUCACCUCCAUGGCCGACAAAAUCGUCAAGGGUUUGAGCCGAAAGCCAACAGACAACAGGAUGGUCGUCUUCCUCUCUCUUAUCGGAAACGAUGUUUGCAAUGGUCGAAUUCCAACAGAAAACAGCUUCACCUCUGCUGAAAAAUUCGAGGAGAAAACCAUCGAAACACUCGAUUAUCUCAACACUAUCCUGCCAGAAGGAUCUACUGUCGUCAUGACUGGUCUUGCAAAUGGCUCCGUUUUGUGGGAUCUGAUGCAUGAAAAAACUCAUCCUUUGGGAGAAUAUCGACAGGACAUGACUUAUCCCGACAUUUAUGAGUACCUCGAAUGCCUUCAAAUUUCUCCUUGCAUGGGCUGGAUGACGAAGAAUGAAACUCUCCGAGAAAUUACUACUGAUCACGCAAUGAUGCUUUCUGAUGUUGCCGAGUCGGUGAUUCAGCAAUCGGACUACAGCAAUUUCAAGGCUCUUUACUAUCCGUUUGACAUUGAGGAGAGCAUUGAGAAGUGGAUAUCCGAAGGCGGAGAAGGAUGGCAUCUGAUUGAAUUGGUUGAUGGUUUCCAUCCAAGUCAAACUUCAAUGGUUCUGACCGCUGAGAUGUUCUGGAAUCAAAUUUUGGAGGACUACCCUGAAGCCUUUGGCGAAGUCAACCCAUGGAACGAGAAAAUCAAGGAGAUUCAGCAGAAAAACCUCGGUUACAAUAUCUGCGAGCCUGCUCCGGAAAAGUAA